AUGAACAUCCACUUUUAAAAAAUGUUAAAUUACUUUUUGGAUUUGUACAUAAAAAAUGAAGAAUAAUUAGUAAUUUUUCCAAGAUUUCUUGUUUUGGUUUUGAGAAUUUAAUCAUCUUUAUUAAGCUUAUCGUAUAUUUAUGGAAAAGAAAGAAGUUCAUAUAUUAUAUUGUUAAGUGAGUUUGCAAGACCUCAAUAAUUUUUGGCUCCAUUAGAUGUAGCUUAAUACAUAAUAUUGAUCUUGUGUAAUUUAUAUAUCAUAAAUUUGUUUUCAAUUAAUGCACAUACUAAAUAUAUAGGAGUUUUUGGAUAAUUAUUAAGAAGCAGUUUACUAAAUUUUUUUUUUGAAUAUAGUACAGGAUAAUUAAAAAUGCUUACUCAUUCAUUUUUAAUUCUUAUAUCAUUUAGUGAAACAUUAGUUUUAUCUGGAACAUUAAAUGCAAAUACAAUAAAUUUUUAAAAUACAAGAUUUUCAUUCUUAGACUUUAUCUUAGCUAUUUUGAAUUACAUUAUAAUGAUUCUAUAUUCAUAUUAUGAUACUUAUGAAGUAAUAAUAGUGUUAGCUUUAAUAAUUAAUAUUUUAAAGGCAUUAAAUCUAAUUAUUUAUUCCCCUUUAAAAAACUUUUAUACUAAAUCAAUUUUACUUUCCAUAAAUCUUUACACACUAUUUUUAGGACUACUAAAAGUUGCAUCUAUUGAAAGACAUUUCACAAGUGAAAUUGUAUUAAUACCUUUAUUUUUAAAUGUUACUUUAAUAAAUUACUAGAGGUAAUUUAAGCAAAAAGUAUUUAAUUCUCAAAAAGGUUAAUGCAAAGUAAUUCAUGUUUUAAUAUAUCUUGAUAAUAUUAAAGAUAUCAAAGCAAUUAAAGUAGAGAAGCCUUAAUUAGCUAAGGAGAGAAUUAUUUACUCUAGUAUUUUAAUGUUAUAAGGAUAAGAUUAUGAAGCAUUUUUAGAAUUAAAUUCAAUAUAAUCAUCAGAAUUAAAUAUUUUAGAGAAGUUUAAAAGAAAGGUAGUUCUAAAAUAAUGUAUUAAUAAAAUAGAUUGUAAGAUUUAGGUUGAAUCUAAUUCAUAACAUAAAAUUGCUUUAGCAGUUGGUUCUUUAAUGGCAAGUGAGGAAUCGAAUUUAUUAAUAAGAAAUGACAUUCUUAGUAUAUUAAGAGAAAAGAUUGCCUGUUAAUAAUUAUUGAUGUAAAAUCAAACAUAUAAUCAUUAUGGUUAAUAUUUACAUUUCAUUUAAAAUACUUUCAAUUUGCAAAAUAAACUUGAAAAGUAAUAUUAGGAAUUUCCUUGUGAUAAAACUUAAAGUAUUUUAGGUUUUUUUUAUGCAGAAAUAAUUAAUGACUUUUUAGCGACUAAUCAAUUAUUUAGCAUAAUUGCAUUGUCUGAUGAAAAAAUUAAAAGAGUUGGAACUUAUUAAGAUGUGUUUUCAAAUAAAAUGAUUUAUUUAAUAUCAAAAUUCACAAACACUUUAAUAGUUAAAAGAUGUUCAAAUGAUGCAAAUUAAUUUUUACAUAAAACUAAUGAAUAAUUAUAAGGGAAAUCUAUAAAUUGUCUUAUUCCACCUGGAAUUGCAGAACAUCAUGAUAAAUUUGUUUUUUAAUUUCUACAAACAGGACAAGCAAAAUUUAUGAGAAAGAUUAAUUCAAAUUAUUUAUAUUAUUCUUAAAGAAAUAUGAUGACUAUAAUUGAAUUUGUAUUUGAUGUUAAUUUACUCAAUGAUUUCAGUUUUAUAUCAUUCAUUUAGCCUACAUCAAAUUAAUAAAUGUUUUUAAUAGUUGAUUAAAAUUUUAAAAUUUCUUGUUUAAGUGAAGGACUUGUAUCUGAAUUAGGAAUGAAAAUUCCAAUACAUAAUUAUAUAGGAGUUAACAUAAAAAUAAUAUUACCUGAUUUUCCUUUAAAAUUUUAUGGUACUUAAUUUAUAGAAAAUGCAGAAGCUCAAUUUACUAAAUUUAAUGAAGAAAUCUUGUAAAGUACAGGUUCCACUUAAAUUGUAACUUUUAUUACUUCUUAUAAUGCCAUUUCAUGUUAAUUUUAAAGUGAAAUUAUAUAUUAUAUUGUUACUUUUGACUUUUUCAAAAAACCAACAUAAUAAUCUUAACCAAGUAUAUCUAAUUUAAGUCCAACUUAAAGUCCAAGAAAAAAUGAAUAAGAUGAAAAUUUCUUUAGUUUAGUCAAUUAAGAAAGUCGUGUUAAAAUUCCAUAUCAUGAAAAUAAUAGUUUAAAAAGAAAUACUAACUCAUUUUAUUAGAUUAAAUUAAAAGGAAGUUAAUAAGAUCCAGCUGAUUUAUCUGAAUAAAAUGAAGUUAAACUAAUUUCAUGUUUAGAAUAUACUAAUUUAGUUAGUCCAAGUAGAUAAAAUGAAAAUUUACUUGCUCAAUAACAUUAUUUCUCAAAAUCAAAAUCUCAUAAGUUUUUGUUAUAAAUGUCUGGUUUAGAAUAAGAUUAAUAUAGUAAUGAAAAAUAAUAGGUCUUUUAAGAUGAUAGAUCUUCUUAAAUUUCAAGUUUAUAAGGAGCAAGACGAUCUAAAUUUUUUAAAAAAUAUGAAAUCUUUACUAAAAUUAAAGAAUCAAGUUCAUUAUCCAGAAACCAUAAAUUAUUUGUUUUAAUGUUUUUGUUAUGUAUCCUUAUCUAAUUUAUUAUUCAAAUUAUAGUAAUUUUUAUCUAUUAUCACUUAGUAAUUAAUAGAAAUUAACAAAAAUUUAGAAGGACUUGCAUCUGACAUAGAUCUACUAUAAAUAAAGAAUUUUAUCUUCCAACCACUUGAAACCUUUUUAGUAACAAGAUGGACAAUAGUAAAUUAUAAUUUAUUGAGAGAUUAAAAAGUAAUUAAUUUAACUUAGUACGCUGAUUUAAUUAACUUUCCAAGAUCUAAUCUUAAUAUGGGUUAUGAUUCAUUAGAUGAAAAUCUUAAAAAGGCUUUUAAUAGGCCUGAAUUAUAAUAGUUUUUAAAGGACACAUAUUUAUAAGUUUAUGUUUAUGUAAAGACUAAUUAAGGUGAAGUCUAUAAUAUAUCUCUGAGAAACAGUAUUAAUAUUUUAAUUAAUUAUUAAUAUACUUUUAAAAUGGCAUACAUAAUUGAUGGAGCAGCUGUACCUGAUAGUCCUUAUGUGUAUUUUUAAUACAGAAAUUAUAUACCUAUAAAAGAGAAAUUCUCAAAUUUAAAUGAAAUAGUGUUAAUUUAAACUAUUUAGAGAGCAUUUAACAUAAAUGAGAAGGUUUAAGUAAUUUUUGUGAUUAGUAUAUCAAUACUAUUAUUCUUUUUAUCCUUAACAUUACUAUAUUUUAUUAAAAUAUCGAGAAAUAUCAAUAGAUAUUAUAUUUUGAUGUAAAAUAUUUCUAAUUAAUAUAUUGAGAAUGAUUUAACAAGAUUGAAAAGCUUAGCAGAGAAAAUUAGUAAAGAUUAGAAUUUAUUAUUUAAAUAUUAAUUUAGUUUGUCAGAGAGAGAGAAAACUUUUGAAAGUUUUACUGAUAGAAAUGCAACAAUGAGGAGAUUAAAUUAAAAAUUAUAAUCUGUAAGUAUGCAUGAAAUUUAUUAUUAUUUAUUCAUUUUCAUAACAAUAUUGGUAAUAGGUGGAAAUGCUACACUAACUUAUCUUGAAGGUUAAUCUUAUUUAAGUAAAUAUCCAGCCACAUCACGUUUUUAUAAGGCUGUAUCAGACAUUGGUACUGAUGUACCUACUAUGUAUGCUCAAAGAGAUGUACUUUAUGGCAGAGCUAAUUUUCCUUUUUAUACAUAAGUAGAUAUCGAUAAUAUUUUAAAAGAAAUUGAUAUGGCAAUUAAUAGAACACAAAUAUUUUCUAGUGAAGAUUACGAUUUCGAUAAGUAUUUCUUUCUAAUUAUUGAAGUUUCCUUGUAUCAGAUACAUUUAAAGAAUAUUUCCAAAUUUUAUAAAUUAAAGAUUUAUGUGAAUAUAUUCCAGAUGAGUUGAAAGAACGAUCAUUAACUCUCUGUCCUUAAGUAAUGAGUCAAAACAUGAAGAGAGGAUUAAAAGCAGUCUUGAUAUAUAUUAUCAAUUUUAUAAAGACAGAUAUGGAAAUUAAUAAAUUUUAAACUAGAACAUAAGCUAGCUUUUUAGAAUUAGAAGGAGGCUUUUUAGUCUCACAUCUCAUUAAACUUAUUAAUGAUAAAUUUAACUAAGACUUAAUGAAUUAAACUUAAUAUUAUAUCUCAACAAUUAAUGUAAAAAAAAUUAUCAUUAUUUUUAGAUUCAUAAUAUACUUGUUCUAAUUAUACUGUUCUUCGUCACAUUAAUUAUAUUAACUGUUUUAAUUCAAAAACUUAGAUACAAAUUUUAUCUUGUUAAAAGAUUAACUUUUUUAUUACCUUAAAGAACCUUAAUAUUUGAUGAUGUAUUCGAAAGAAAUAUUAGACAAUUAUUACAACAAAAUUGA